AUGCACAUUCUCUUUUGCUCACUCACACAUUUGAUUAUAAGAAGUUGCCCACAGGUGGAAUCAUUUACAAAGGGAUAUUUGCCAUCAAAUCUAACAAAUCUUGAAGUCUUUGGAUGCCCAAAACUCAUAGCCUCUCGACUGGGAUGGGGUUUGAAUAGUCUUUUGUCUCUAAGAUUAUUGACACUUGGAGAUGCAAAUGAUGAGUCUCUUCCUGAUAUAGGACUACUGCCACCUAAGCUUGCUGCCCUUAUAUUCUAUAACUGUCCAAAUCUUAGAUCAUUGGAGCACAAAGGUCUUUGCCACUUGUCCUCUCUAGAGUUCUUGGCUUUUCGUGACUGUCCUAAACUCCAAUACUUUCCAAAGGAGGGUUUGCCUCGUUCUCUUGUAGAACUACGAAUUACUGGCUGUCCCUUGCUCAUAAAUUGGAUCCAAAAACAAAAAGGCAACUAUUGGGCAAAGAUUGCUCACAUCCCUUUUGUUGAGAUUGACAAUGAGAUACUAACUUUAAGUGAGCUGCUCAAUGAUGAAGGCACCAGUUUUCAUACAAUUUAUUCACUCAUUAGUGGCCUAAGCAGCUUUCUCAAGGAGACAAGCAAGUUUGGUGCUGAAUAG